AAUUAUUUGUAAAUAUAUUAUUACUACUUAGAGACAAUAACUAAAAGCAACAUCUAUUUGACAUUUUGUUUUGAAGGUUGCUCGCGUGUGUCUCCGAUCGCCAUCUCAUCGCUCGACGGCCGCACGUCAUUGGCAGUGAACGGAACGAAGUGUUGUAGAGUUGUAGUAUAGAUCGCUGGCUGGCUGUCUGAAAAUAGUGAAUCAAGUAUGAGUUUUCGAAAUAUGUUCGAAUAAAAAGUGUUUAGUGAGUGACUGUCAUCCAGCAAGAUGGUUGGUGACGUGAAAGAAUUUUCCGAAACCGCUGAAAGUAAAGCGUCAGCAGAAGCCCUAGACCGAGCGAGAUUAGCACGAGAGAGGCGCGAGGCCGAACAGAGGAAACGGUUAGACGAAUUGCGCGCGCACGCCGCGGCUGCGCAGGCGCAACGUGAGAAGCGAGACGAGGAGCGGCGCCGGAGGCAGGCCGAGCAGCGCGCCAGGGACGACGACAGGCGGCAGCAGGUCGGUGUGAAUAUGCCUGUCGUUGAGGAACGCAAGCGAGCAAUAUGGGAAGCGUCCGUGUCCCGUCGGGAAGCGCUGCUGCAACGCGAGCGCGACAGGAGCGAGCGAAUGGAGCGGGCGCGCGCCGCUCGUUCCGCUCCACGGCCCGCUUUCGCUUUCGGCUCUUCCACGCCGCGGCUACUUGAGCCGCUGGACUCCGGUGGCUUCUUCUGGGCCGCGCGCAGUACCAACCCCAUAGAUCAGAUGAACUUUUUUGAGUCGCUGGCGGCAUCAACAACAAAUGUGAUGUUCGCGUCUGCGCCGCUGGUGAGACGCGCCUCAGCACUGCACUUAGAUUCAGAUACUGACAACAAAGACGAACCCGACCGGCAACCGCAGGCCGUGAUGUGGUCAUCGGUCGCCCGGAGACGGACGGACCUGGUGCCCACACUGCCGGCACCCCGCGCUCCAGGUAGAGCCUACUCCAUGACCAGACUCGACAAGAUCCCGGCGCAGAGGCCGCUCCACUCGGCCUCGCCGUCCAUGCACCACCUCAACAGGACCCAGCCGCGGUCGGGAGAGACCACGCCGGGUUCGAGGCCGGGCAGUGCACUAGCGGCAGCGGUACCUCGUCGUCCUCACACCAGCUCUGCUCGUCGACCCCGGCCGGCCUCCAUUGCAGGCACUGGCGUUAAUACGCCCAGAGGAGGCGCAGGCGACGCGAGCGUGGCGACCACGCCGUCGGUGUCACGUGACAGCACUGUGGUCGGCGUGGCGGCCGCCCCCCGCCGCGCCGCCACCACGCCGCGCCGACCGCGGCCAGUCUCCAUGCACGCCACCACCAAGACCGCUCCCGUGUUAUCGUUACCACCGGGAGAAGGCAAACCGCCGCCACACAGGAAACCAAAGCCAUCCAAAGAUCACGAUAAGCGCGGCAAGUCGACGUCCGCGUCACCCGGUCGCUCGUUAUCACCGCCCGCGCGACGAUCCGACCGCGACAAGUCGUGGUCGGAACGUGACAAAUCACAAGUGAGCGCUAUAGAGGUGUCUCAGAAGUUGGAAGCGCUCCAGAUACACAAUGGAGACGAUCACGCUCACAACCAAAACUUAGAGGAUAAGGUAACCGAAGUCAAAGAAAACAUAGAGGUAGAACCAUCGAAACCCGAAUAUAAAAUAGUAGAUAUACCAAUAGAAGAUGAACAGAAGCCUGUCGAAAAAGAAGUCAAACCACCUGCGGUGACCGAGCAAAAGCCCGCAGAGAAAAAAGAAGACCAAAAGGUUGAAAAGAAGGAAGAGAAGAAAGUAGAAAAAAUACAAGAACCAAAUGUGGAAAAGAAAGAGGAAGUGAAGGUAGAAAAAAAAGAACAAAAGGAUGAGAGAAGAGAAGAAAAGAAGGAGCCCUCGCUAGAGAAGACUGACGAAUCUGAAAUGACAGCGUCAAUGAGCGCGCGCCGCAUCACGACGGCGGAGGAGGCGAAGGCCGCGCUCGCUGAGAGGCGGCGCCGCGCGCGGGAGGAGGCCGAGCGGCAGGCCGAACUAGACAGGCAGAGAUUGCAGCGCGAAGCAGAAGAGGAGGCUGAACGACAGCGGCUGGAGGAAGAGCGACAGAGGCGCGAGGAGGAGGAGGCUCGCGAGCUGGCGCGGCUGCAGCGACAGCAGGAGGAGGAGAAGCUGAGGAAGGCCAUAGAGGCGGCGCAGCAGGCGGAGCGCGAGGAAGCGGAGCGAGUGUCGAGGACGGAGGCGGAGCGAGCCGCGCGCGUCAAGGAGGAGGAGGAGAAGAGACGCGCCGCCGAGCUGGCGGAGCGGAGGUAGGAGGAGGAGGAGGAGGAGGAGGAGGAGAGACGCGCCGCCGAGCUGGCGGAGCGGCUGCGGCGCGAGGAGGCCGAGCGCGAGGAGCGCGAGCGGCUCGCGCGCAAGCAGCGGGUCGAGGCCAUCAUGGCGCGCACCAGGCUCAAGAAGCAAGCGGAAGAGGAUAAGAAGCAACAAGAGAAAGCCGGCAGCCAGCCGGCGGAGGCGGCGCCCGCGGCCUCCAGCGACAGCCCGGGGCCGCCGCCGGAGCUCCCCGGGCCGCCUCACGCCACUGCGGCGCCGCCCGCCGCCGACAACGGGAACGCAGUCGCCACGCAAGAUUUGUUAGGAUUUGGCACUAGUCAGCCGGAGCCGUCGUCGGGCGCUUCUCCCGCGGUCACCAACAACGGGAACCUCACUGCCGACCUACUGGGACUGUCCCAACACAAUAGUAUCGAGGACAAACCAGAAGAGCAGUCGACAGUCAACAAACAGAUAGACAACGCACCAGCGCCCGAGACCAACAAUGGUAAUCAAACUACCAACGUUGGCCACAUAUCCGCCAAUUUCAUACAAACCGAACGCCUCAACGAAAGUCAAACAAAGGCCGAUGUUUCCAAACUAAUAGAAGAUGACUUCACAACGCACAACGGCCACGGGGCACAUAAUCAUCCGUUGACACUGCAAAAUGCUAUUUAAUUACAUUGUAAUAGGGUUGGAAAUUGAAUGUUUUCAUAGCGUACAUAUUGGCUGCCAGGUGGAGUGGCUUACGCGACACUGAAAGUGCGGUCCGGUGGACACGGGCGUUGAUAAUAUUAAACAUCAAUCGAGUGUAUAUACGUAAUUGAUAUUUAUGACCUGUAGGUUUAAAGGCGUUAAUUCCAUGACUAAUUCGUAGUUUGAUAAUCGACUAUCAAAUAUGAUUCCAAUAUAUGCACUGUAUAUAGUAUGAAACAAUUUUAAUCAUUGAUUUUUAUUAAUCAAUAUUAACGUGACAAAUUUAGCACUUAUUUGAACUGCUGUAAAGUUGAAAAUGAUAAAUCAAAAGAAGUCGACAGUAUUGCCAUCUCGUAAUGAAAAAGAAAAGAAUAAUUUUAACCAAUCAGGAGUGUUUAUGGCAAUGUGCGCUGUAUAGAAGACGCUAGAACUAGUUUUGUUUUAAUAUAAAUAAUACGAACGGUGCCUUUGGUAGUUAUUUUAGUUUAAUUUUGGUGCUACACAUUAACAAAACCUGUGUUGAUAUUUUUAGACAAUAUAGGAGAAAUGUAGAACUAGCGUAGUAGAAAUUAACAAAUUGCAUGUCCCAAUUCGAUACCUGGAAUGAAGCGAUACGGAAUGUGUGAAAUGGAACGUGUAGCCAAUAUGGCGCCCUCUUACCGAUUGGUAAAAAACAGCCAAUAUUUAUGCAUUGGAAACGGCGUGUUGGCAUCUGCUACGUCACGAUAUAUUCGACGAUGUAAACGAAAAAUACUAGAUUAAAUAUUUAUUAAACCUAAAUCAGUGUAAUAUAAAUUUUAUCAGAUAAAUUGCAUGAAAAAAUUGUUGUAAUUGUGUAUAAACCAUUAUAUUGAUAUAUGAUGUUUAUAUUUUUUUUUAUUUGAGAGUGGCAACACUGCAACGGCUGCCAAUGAAUUUGUAGCUUUUCAAUGAGUAUUUUUUUAUUAGUAAAUUAUUAACUUUUGAUAUUUAUUAAAGUAUCAUUAAUCAGAAUAGAGAUUCAGAUGGUUUGUUUCUUUAAAAAAUAUGCAUAUUUUUUAGUUUGAGUAUUUUCGUAAAUCGUCGAAUAAAAUGUCACGUAGCAGACAGAUAGAGAACACUAAAUUAUAAUAAUAUAAUUAUUAAUGCAUUUAUAUUGCAACUCCUUGAUACUACAAUGAUUGGAUAGCUUUUUUAAUUUGCGUAUAGGCAAUAACAAAAGUUAAUCACCGCUUGACGUUUUAAAAUAGGGAAUUAUUAAUAUUUUCAUUAAAAAAUAGUAUAUUGCUAUAGUAUGUUCGAAUCGAACUGAAUAUCAUUAUUAUGGGACUAGAUAGAACCUUAUUUAAUGAUUUUCGUCGAAUUAUCAUUGUUCACGUUUGAUAGGUUGUGUAUAGUAUGCUGUGUUAGUACAGUCUUGUAUUACGGUUAUUUGUAAAUUAUAAGUUUUUAUUUAUUGUGAUGUUUUUAUUAAGAGGCCGUACUCUUGGGCACAGUAACGGCGCAAUCUCGUAUCAUUAUUUUCAUUAUUUUGUGGUUUGUUUUUCAUUAUUAUUAUUUUGCAUCAUUAUUUCAUUAUUGUCUAGUUAUGAAUAUAGUAUUGGUAAUUAGUAGUUAUUACCCAGAAUUAAAGUCAUGUUUUGAACACCCGAUUCAUAGUAUUUAUUUUGUUCAACAUACGAUAAAGUUAUGGUGAAAAAUCCAACAGACAGUAUUCCCUUCGUAAUUUUAAUGUAAUAUUUCAUUCAGAUUUGAAAUAAUCAUAUAUAAUUUAAUGGUAAGUAAAUUGCAUUAAUGAAAUCUACCAUUUUAAUAUAUUUUAAUGUAAUGUAUUGCGUAAAAUGAUAAUAAUAAAAAAUAUCCAUCAAUAUGACAUUGCGUCGUUACUGUUUCUCACCAGGGUGGGAUCUUAAAAUUUUAUCCCGUUUGUGUAUGAACCUAGUGAAUGGGAUAUACUCUUUCGCUUUACGGAGACUUAUCUGUGAGCGCAAGCGGGAUAGAUAUAUUUCAGAAUUGCGUCCGCAUUUGCGUGCACAUGCUACUGUAUCGGACUGAGAUUAGAAUAUGAAAUGGGCGUCUUAAGCCAUUGUAACCAGUGAUAAAGUAAUUUGUUUCAUAUUAACAAUGGACUUAGGUCGAUAUUUAGUCAACGUGUACCGCCCAUACAAUGAUUGUAUGAUGUAUCAAUAGGUCUAACGGGAUAAACUGGGCUGUAAUCAUUACACGAAUGCUGUUUUAAUGCAAAAACUCGAGGAAAGUCGAUUUAUUGAAAUGAGAUAGUUAUAACAAGUUAUAUAGGCGUGAAGAGGAUAGAGCUAACAAACAUUCGAUUGUUGAAACCGUUCUCACAAAAACUACUCGUCUCUGUCACACAUUGUAGUUUUGACAAUGUUUGAGAGUGAUGACGCUAACUUUAGAAUCUUCUAAAUAUAUCAAUCAUUAGUCUAGUUAUCAAAUUUGCAUUAAAAUAGUAUUGUCUUAUUGCGAGCUAUUCCUAUAAGAAAUCUAUUCUUAUACAAAUGUACAAACAAAUAAUAAAUCUUAACACCUUGACAUAAAGUCGAUAACUGUAUACGCCUCAUUAUAGUGAAAUAUAGAUGUAAGAGGCAAUUCUCAAGUGUAAUACGGCUCGCAACAAGAUGUCAUAUGAAAUAUGCUUAACAAAUAAUAAUUAAUAAGUUAUUUAACGACAUGCAUAAAUAAUUUUUGUAUCAUAAGUAGUUAGCAUUAAAAAAAUAAUUAUGUUUCCUUUAAUACAUCAUACCUUUCUCUUUUAUCGAGUCCUUUUUUUUUAUUAUUAUUUUUCAUAGGGUAUUAUUGAAUUUAUCUAAAAAUCUUAUUCGUUACCGAAGUUUACGACAAGCGUUAUCUGUCAAUCUUGAAAAAAAAAACAAUAAAGUUACGGAUUUAGAAGCGUGUCAUUUUAGUUC